AUGGUUAAUACACUUAAUGGAAAAAGGAGUAGAAAACCAAUAAAUAAGAAUUUUUUUUCAGGAAGUGAAAAUAGUGAAAGCGAUGGUGAACAAGAGGAAGAAACAAAUACUACAACUGAUGAUUUAUAUGAUAAUGAAGCAUCAGAUUCAGAUUCAUCAAAUAAAAAAAAAGUAGCAAAAACAAAAUCAAAACCAAUAUCAAAAGCAAGUGGUAAGAAUCCACCAUCACAACCACCACCUGCUUCAAUUAAAGUAAAAUUAUCAUUAAAACGUCCUGCUUCAACAUUAACACCAACAAAAAGAAAUACAGAUCAAUCUGAUGAUAAUAGUAGUAGUAGUAAUAAUAAUAGUAAUAAUAAUAAAGAUGAAUCAGAAGAUGUAGAUAUAGGAGAUGAAGUUAAUUCAAAUAAUAGUAAAGAAGAAUAUAAUGAAGAUGAUGGAGAAGGUGAUUAUGAGGAUGGAGAAGGUGAUGAAUAUGAAGAAGGUGAUGAAGAGGGUAGUGGUGGAGGUGAUGAAGAAGAAGAUGAAGAAGAUGCAAGUGAUGCAAGUGAUAUUGAUGAUAAAAAAGUAAUAAAAAAAAAGAAAAUUUCAAAUUCAAAAUCAACACCAAUAAAGAAAUCAUUAAAUAAUAUACCAGUCAAUAAUAAUAAAAAGAAACCUACAAAUUCACCAAAUGUAUCAGUACCACCAACACCAUUAACAAUUUCAACACCAAAAAAGAAACCAGGUAGAAAAAAGUUGACAUCAGAAUUUUCACCUUCAAAUAGUGGUGGUGGUGGUAAUGAAGGAAGUUAUCCAUUUAAAGAUAACAAUUUCUCAUUUCCAACAGAAAGUCAAAAAAAACCUUAUAAAUCAAUUAAACAAAUUUUAGCAAUGGAACCACAACCUCCAUCACCAAUGUUUCCAUCUUAUCAAAAUAUUGAAGUUUCUCAAACUUGUCAACCUGUUAAAAAAUAUUGUGAUAUAACUGGUUUAAUUUCAAAUUAUGUUGACCCAACAUCAUCUUUAAGAUAUUAUGAUUCAUCAGUUUAUCAAUUAAUUCAUUCUUUUACAGAUAAUGUUAAACAAAGUUAUUUAGGUUUAAGAAAGAGUGGUUAUAGAUAA